AUGAUUUAUCGGGAGGUGAGCAAACUUGUCGAAUUGCAUACCGGUAAUUGCACACUGUGCGACGACCUACCGGUAUAUGUAGCCAACUACCCUCGUCGAUCCAUCGAUCCGAACGACAUGCUGCACCGGUAUACCAGGCACUUGACGCGUCGUCAAGUGCGCGGCUUCAGCGCUCAUGGCUCUUCUGACGCUCCUCCUCUUCGUCUUGUGUGUGUAGUUGGGUCAGGACCCGCAGGUUUCUACGCCGCCAAGUACCUGCUCAAGCAGCACCGCGGUGUACGCGUCGAUAUGCUCGAGGCGCUACCGACGCCGUUCGGUCUCGUGCGCUCGGGCGUUGCCCCGGAUCAUCCGGAAGUGAAGAGCGUCAUGAACGACUUUGAGCUCGUGGCUCGUGACGACCGGUUUGGGUUUCUGGGGAACGUGUGCGUGGGCAAAGACGUGACGCUGGCUGAGCUGCAGCGCCACUACCACGCUGUGGUUCUGGCCUAUGGCGCAGCAGAAGACCGGGAGCUGGGCAUUCCAGGAGAGCAGCUAAACGGUGUCCUGUCUGCUCGUGCAUUCGUGAACUGGUACAACGGUCAUCCAGCGUUUCGUGGACUAACGCCAGACUUGAAGCAGACGGAGACGGCGGUCAUCAUUGGUCAAGGCAAUGUAGCUGUUGAUUGCGCUCGCCUUCUCACAAAGAACGUGGACGAACUGGCCCAUACAGACAUUGCGGCUCACGCAGUGCAGGUGCUGCGCAAUAGCAGUAUUCAGAAGGUGCUCGUAGUCGGACGACGAGGCAGUGCGCAGGCGGCGUUUACGAUGAAGGAGAUUCGCGAGCUGACUAAGCUGGAUGGUGUUGCGUGUGUCGUCGAUCCAGAUGAUCUGAAGCGAAGCUUGACGUCUGCAUCCAAGCAGGAAAUCCAGGACCAGCGAGCUCGCAAGCGCAUGGGAGAAUUGCUGAGUAGGGCCGCAGAGCAGUUUGAAUGCACUCAAAACGCCAAGCGUGUUGUGCAACUCAAGUUUUUGAGCUCACCAGCGGAAAUCAUUGCCGACGAGAAUGACCCGACUCGAGUGGGAGCCAUUCGUCUGGAGAAAACGAAACUAGAGGGCGAGCCCAACCGGCAGCGUGCUGUAGGAACCGGAUUCUAUGAAGAUAUUCCAUGCAGCCUUGUGCUGCGCAGUAUCGGAUACAAGUCACUGCCAAUUGAGGCCGGUGUCCCAUUUGACACCCGUCGCCAUGUGAUUUCAAACGAGCAAGGUCGCGUUGUUUCUACACUCAGCAGUGGUGAGAAGAAGUCUGUGGUAGGCUUGUAUUGCACCGGCUGGGUGAAGCGUGGCCCUACUGGUAUCAUUGGCAGCAAUAUUGUCGAUGCACGGGAGACGGUAGGGUGCAUUGUGGAAGACUUUGCUGCUGGGAACUUUCUUCACAGCGACGGCAACGCUGGCAACGACCUGGGUGGAGUGGAGGCUGUGGAAAUGCUAGUUAAAAAGCGCUAUCCUGACAAACAACUCGUGAAAUGGGCUGACUAUGUGCGCAUCAGCGCCGAAGAGACUUUACGGGGUCAAGCCUUCGGGAAGCCGCGCGAGAAGAUCACAUCCGUGACAGAGAUGCUCGCGGUCGCAAAAAGCGCAACAAAGCAGCUCAGUGCCGAAGCGUAG